AGGUUGCGGUAUAUGGUGAAACAGCUGGAGACAGGAGAGGUUAAUAUUGAGGAGCUGAAGAAGAACUUGGAAUAUACAGCUUCUUUGCUUGAAGCAGUUUACAUUGAUGAGACCAGGAAGAUUCUGGACACAGAAGAUGAACUCCAAGAGAUCAAAUCUGACGCUGUGCCCUCUGAAGUGCGAGACUGGCUGGCCUCCACUUUUACCCAGCAGACCCGGUCCAAGGGGCGCCGUUCGGAGGAGAAACCCAAGUUUCGCAGCAUUGUGCAUGCUGUUCAAGCUGGCAUCUUUGUGGAAAGGAUGUUCCGUCGAACGUACACAGCUGUGGGACCCAAUUAUUCCCAAUCGGUCAUCAACUGUCUGAAGAGUCUUGACCUCUGGUUUUUCGAUGUCUUUGCACUGAACAAGGUGAGCGAAGACCAUGCCUUGCGCACAAUUGUCUUUGAACUGCUCACCCGCCACAAUCUCAACAGCCGCUUCAAGAUCCCCACGGUGUACCUCAUGACUUUCCUGGAUGCACUGGAGGCUGGUUAUGGGAAAUAUAAGAACCCUUAUCACAAUCAGAUUCAUGCUGCUGAUGUUACCCAGACUGUACAUUGCUUCCUGCUUCGCACUGGCAUGGUGCACUGCCUGACAGAGAUUGAGGCCCUAGCCAUUAUCUUUGCAGCUGCAAUCCAUGACUAUGAACACACGGGUACCACCAACAGCUUUCACAUCCAGACCAAGUCAGAUACAGCCAUUUUGUACAAUGACCGGUCAGUUCUAGAGAACCACCACAUCAGCGCCGUCUUCCGCAUGAUGCAGGAAGAUGAGAUGAACAUACUUGUUAACCUGGCCAAGGAUGAAUUUGUGGAGCUCCGGUCCCUCGUGAUUGAAAUGGUUCUGGCGACAGACAUGUCCUGUCACUUCCAGCAAGUGAAGUCCAUGAAAACGUCCCUGCAGCAGCUGGAACGGAUUGACAAAUCAAAAGCCCUCUCCUUGUUGCUGCAUGCAGCUGAUAUCAGCCACCCCACCAAACAGUGGCCGGUGCACUGCCGAUGGACCAAAGCUCUCAUGGAAGAGUUCUUCCGCCAGGGAGACAAGGAAGCUGAGCUGGGAUUGCCUUUCUCCCCAUUAUGUGAUCGCACAUCCACACUGGUGGCCCAGUCACAGAUUGGUUUCAUUGACUUUAUUGUGGAACCCACUUUCCAAGUUCUGACAGAUGUCGCGGAGAAAAUGGUCAUCCCAUUAGUGGAAGAAGGUUCCAAGAAUAAAUCGUCCAGCCAGCAGAGCAGCCACAGUUCCACCUGGCGUCAGACUUCUGUAGAUGAGCACGCUGAGCUGGGGGACAUCAACGCUGACAUCAACAGCUUCCGUUCCACCUGGAGCAAGUACAUCCAAGAGAACAAGCAGAAGUGGAAGGAACGAGCUGCCAGUGGAAUCACCAACCAGACAUCUAUUGAUGAGCUCUCACCUUGCGAGGAGAAGGCCAGCACACCUGAAAAUCGGCACAAUCAGAAUGGCAAUGUGGAAUAG